UUGACUUCAGCGCAACGGGGGUGAUCUGCAAAAGCGGUUUUGAUUUCCCAAGUGGGGAAGGGUUGUUUUUAACUGGCGAGGAGGGAGAACUUUUCUCGAGGAGCCCUGGUGUGGGGCGGGCUCGGCCAUGAGGUGGAGGACGCUGGUGGCGGGCGUCCUUGUCUUGCUGCUGCCUCUAUGGGACGGCGGCGGCUCCGGUGGGGCUGGGGGAGAGCUGUGUGGCGGCUGGACGGACGGGGGGCCGGAUGGAGCCUUCUACUGUCCGGGGCUGCUCGACGGGGCGGACGCCAAGUUCUGUUGCGGGACCUGCGGCGCGCCUUACUGCUGCUCCUCCGAGGCGGCUCGGCUGCAGCACACCCAGAGCGCCCCGUCUUUGGUUGGAUCCCGAGACUGAUUUGACGGAGAACCUGCAGUGGGCCCUGAUGCAGAAACAUCUGUCUACUCGGAAGCAGCUGAGACCCCCGACUGUGAGGCUGCAGCAGGUCAUGGCCAGACCCCCCACUGUGAAGGUGCGUCAGCUGGUGCUCAGACCCCAGGUGGUGAAGCUGCAGCAGGCCCUCACGCAGAUGCACCAGGCUCCUCCAUCCUGCAUUUUUGUUUCUGGAGAAGGCACGGUGGGGGUGAACCAUGUUGCUCCACCCCCCUAUAGUGGACCACCCCCCUAUAGAGGGCCACCCCCCUAUAGUGCUGUGGUGCCUCCCUCUGCUUCAUGCCCUACGUUGGAAAAUACUCCUGGUGGACAAUCUGGCCAUGCAAACCCUGGACUUCAAGGGGAUGCGAGGACCCUCUUGGCUCCAUUGGCUUCUGGUUCGGCUUUGCGGCCUUCCUUCCGUUCAGAGGCAGCUCAUGGCCGAGGAACUCGGUCUCGUAAUCGGUCAAGACUUCCUUCUGCGAGGAACUGACUGCCCUCCACACAGAUAACCCACCACCCUAUAGUCCUGUGGACCCCAUCAGUGCCUCUUCUGCCUUUCCCCCUUCUUUGGGCAGUCCACAGGUUGGCCUGCAGGAACCUGGUAUUCCUCCAAGGCGCUCUGUCACUCUUGAGGACCCACCACCCUAUAAUCCUGAGGGAGCUCAUGGCCCUUGAGUUCUGAAAAAAGGUGGGUUUUGUGUGGUUCCAUCAUGCCAAUGCUGUAAUCCUCCCCCCCAGAUGAGAGCCACUCCUGGUCCCACCUUGACGCCCCCCUUGGAAACUGAAGACUCUCCCCUUAGGCUAGCAAGAUACCUACUUGGAGAUCCUCCCAAUGAAGAAAGCCAAGUAGACCAGCUCAAGAACUUCGAGUAGACCAGGUCAGGUCAGGAACUCACCCUCACCGUUGUAACUUGAAUUUUUAAAGAUUGGUUUUUAAGAGUGUCGAUUGGCUGAACUGGCUAGUUCUUAAAAUGUAAGCCCAUUACUUGCCCAAAGUUGCUCUGCAGAAUUCUGCAAACACACCACUGGCAUAUUUUGAGUGAGCAUUAACAUCAGCUCCUGCUCCUCGGCCACAGGAAGUGUGUGAAAUACAAAUGCACAGUUAAUGCGACUUCCGCCUACUCCACCCUGCUUCACUCUCAAUGCAACACUUGAAGGAACUUCUUUAACUCUGUGGGAAGGCUGUCUCUAAAGGGAAAUAGUGCUUAGAUUGUGUGUGCCUGCAAUUAUGCCAGAGGAGAGGAGGAACCAAUAGCAAGAUGUGGUAACCUAAUGCCUUCUGACAGGAUAUUUUCCUUUAUGGACCAAGGCAAAAGCAAGACCUGUAUUAGUUUCUUGUAACCCAGAAACCACAGAACAUGGCAAAACACAGAUGUCCCUGAAAUGUGCUCCUUCAAUAUUGCCACUGCAGAUUCACGGGAUUGUUGAAUCUUUCUGUAGAGAUCUUUGUAGGCAAGACUGUGUUGUUUUUACUCCUGUUUGAAUGCACUCUAGCUGGCUUACCUACACAUAACUCGGUGGGGUUGUUCCUAUUUGAAACUGAAUGUUUGGUUAUCAUGUGGUGAUAUAUUACAUGGUACACCAACCACAGGCUUUUAAAAGUAAGUGUGUGUGUGUGUGUCCCCCAGAAGAGGUAACAGGCAAGCAGCAAUGUAACCUGAGAUGAUGAAUGCUUUUUGGAUGAGAAAUGGUUUAACACAAAUGCUUGUCAAAUGUAUGUACCAAAUUAUCAAUAAAACUCUUUUUGUGGGA